AUGGAUGAUGAUAACUGUCUUCAACUGAAUGAUGAUCCAAUUCAGUUUGUUCCUGCAAGUGUAAGCAAAACAACAAAUGUGUUUUACGAUGAGAUAACUGGACAGAUAAUUACUGUUCAUUCUGGUGAGUUGACUGAAAUAAUUGUAACAUCAAGUACACGCUAUAGAGAAAAUAUGGUGUUUAAAAUAGAAGAUCGGGGACCAGUAUCUUCAAUAAAAAUGUCCCUGGACUGUAAAAUAUUAACAAUGAUGAGAACAGCAUUAUCCGUGGAAUUAAUGGAUAUUGAAGAAAAUACAUUACAAAGUCCUUAUUUUUUGUAUUGCAAAUUCAAAGGUGCCAAAUUGUUGGGCUUUAUUUGGACUGGUAACAACGAAAUACUAUUAAUUAGUGAUAAAGGUGUAGAAUUAUACCAGGUUGAAGGCCAUGGACCUAAGCAACGCAUAGUUUUUUCAAAAUCUAUAAAUUUGCAUGUUAAUUGGUUUAUUUACUCAAAUCACUCAAAAAUAUUACUACUGUCUAUGAAUUCUUUUGGAGAUUUUCAACCCCUUCAUAUUUUACCUGGAAAUAUAAACAAACUGACAAAAUUAGAAGAUAUUUCUCUUAAUAUACCAAAUCAAUCAAUUAGUGAACGAAAUAUUGUAAUGACAACUGUGUACAACAUACUUAGGAUAUUAGUUUUACCAACAAGUCAAAGUCGCAAUGAAAUAAUAGUUUAUACAUUAAACAAAAUGAUGACGUUUAAAAAAUCACAUAUUCUACGAUUGACACACAAUGGUAAAUUGUUGAUUAAUGUAGUUGAUAAUUUGAUUGUCGUUCAUUACCAACAAACAAAGUCUUCUUCUGUAUUCGACAUAUAUAUGGAAGCUGCAAAAGAACAUGCAAUAUCACAUUAUUUACCUAUCUUAGACGAUCUAUCAAUUAAAAGAACAGUUCCUAGAGAAGGAGGAUCACAUUAUGUUUCUCAUCUAUGUAUCCUUUUUAUAAUUAAAAUAUAA